UUAUUUAUGUUGGAUAAGUGAGACUCUGCUGUAUAUAAAAAUAAUACAAUACAUUGUGAAUCAAUUAAAAUUAAAUACAUCAAACAUUCAUAAAAAUACACUUAUAAAUAUACUUAUAAAUAUACCCUCCCCUUACCCAUAUUACCCCAUAUAUAUAGUUAGAAACCUUUCCCUGAUAUCCAUAGAGAGUAGAUCCCUUUCCUACCCUUCCUAACCUUACCUUAUCUACCUACCUAACCAUACUUACCUCACUCCUCCCUUUAGACACAUGACUGUAACAAAAUUUCAAUAAAAAUUAUUUAUAAAAAAAUAAAUAUACAGAUAAGUGAAUGUUGCAAUUAACCACCUUAAUUAGCAUUGAAUGGCCCCCAGGCAGUAAGCAUCCUGACCUUGAAGAUGCAAGGCCAUUCAGUGCUAAUCAAGGUGGCCAACUGCAACAUUCACACCUGUGUCAAACAGACAAAGAACCCUUUCUCCCACCCUGGGCAUCAUUCCACAGUAUAUGAACCCCACUUGCCUCGUUUCCAACAGACCUCACAACCUCUGAGGAUGCCUGCCAUAGAUGCAGGCAAAACGUCAGGAGAGAAUGCUUCUGGAACAUGGCCAUACAGCCAGGAAAACUCACAGCAACCAGUGAUCCCAGCCAUGAAAGCCUUCGACAACACAACUCUUAUUAUUACUAUCAUGCUGGGUGGCCAUCUGGGGAGGGCUUUGAUUGUGCUUUUAUUUUUUAUUUUUUUAUUUAUUUACAGCAUUUAUAUUCCGCCCUUCUCACCCCAAAGGAUAUUCAUGGCAGAUCACAUCUUCUUCUUCUAUAUAUAUAAAAGCGUGAUGGCAUCACGGCGACCCACAAAACAACAAAACUACAGGCCCCCCAACCUCGAAAUUUGACAACACAACCCAUCAUCCACGCCUCUAGGUUGAUACAACAAAAAGAAAAGAAAAAUAAAGUCCUAAUUUGAGAGAGAGGAAUAAUUGCUUUUAUCCAAUUGCUGCCAGUUUGAAGGCUAAGCUCCUCCAACUUGGUCUCCUAGCAACCCAAUAAAAAAUAAUAAAAAACACUAAAAAUUAAUACAAUAAAAUACUAUAAUAACAGAAAAUAACUAAAAUAAUACAAGAAAAUAAUAAAAUAUAAUAAAUAAAAAUAUAACUUACAACAAAAAAUUAAUUAAAAAAUGCAAAUAACGUCAAAUAAAAAUUACACAACAAUUUUUAACCAAUACCACCACCACUUUGCCACAGCAACGCGUGGCCGGGCGCAGCUAGUUACACAUAUAGGCAAACAUUCAAUGCCUUUUAACAUAGAACAAAGACAAGACAAACAUAGGCUCCGAGCGGGCCUCGAACUCAUGACCUCCUGGUCAGAGUGAUUCAUUGCAGCUGGCUUGCUCUCCAGCCUGCGCCACAGCCCGGGCCUAAAUCGAGGCAGGAAGGGGUUAGUCUAGAUGGCCCCUGGGGGUCUCUUCAACCUGAACAUCUUUCCUUUGGCUUCUCAACUGGAUCCCUGGCCUGAAUGUCAACAGAGCAGAUUCCACCAACGUAACGCACGCACGCACGCACGUUCGCUCUCGCGCCUCAUAAGGAGGCCAAUGGCGUCACAGUACUCGGGAGGGGGCGGGGCCGCGCUGUCGCCAUGGAGACCGCGUCGGGCCUCAAGGAGGCCUCUAGGCCCAGGCGCCAUCGCCGCGGCCGCCUCAGGGGAAGAAGCAGCCUUGGCGACCGUCCCUGAGAGAAUGAAGCUCAACAGAGAUGAAAGCAGCGAGUCUGAGAACGAAACUGACGACGAUGAGGAGGAAGAAGAGGAAGACGAUGACGACGAUGAGGGAGGCCUGUCUGAUGAGUCUGCCAACAAAUGCCUGAAGCGCCUGGAGGCAGAAGAGAAAGCCUCCCAGCAGAACCGCUCCCAGGACAAGGAGGAGACCCCGAACUGUGGGCAGAAAGGCGAAAAGGGGGCUCAGCCAGGGCUCUCCCUGAUCGAUCUGGAGGAGCAGUUGGCAGAAGAGUGUGACUUGGAGGAGACAAGACGAAAGAGGCGGAGGAAGCACAGGCUCUGCAUCAACCUGACCAACUGCAAAUAUGAGAGCGUCAGGCGUGCUGCUCGGCGCUGUGGCCUGAAAGAAGUCGGGGAGGACGAGGAGUGGACCCUUUACUGGACGGACUGCUCUGUCUCCCUGGAGCGCGUCAUGGAGAUGAAAAGGUUUCAGAAAAUCAACCACUUCCCAGGCAUGGCGGAGAUCUGCCGCAAGGACCUGCUUGCCCGCAACCUCAACCGCAUGCUCAAGCUCUUCCCCAAAGAGUACAGCAUCUUCCCUCGCACCUGGUGCCUGCCAGCAGACUACGGGGACUUCCAGGCCUAUGGCCGCAUGCGGAAGAACCGGACGUACAUCUGCAAGCCAGACAGCGGCUGCCAAGGGCGAGGCAUCUUCAUCACACGCAACCCAAAGGAGAUCAAGCAUGGGGAGCGCAUGAUUUGCCAACAGUAUGUCACCAAGCCCUUCCUCAUUGAUGGCUUUAAGUUCGACAUGCGCAUCUAUGUUUUGGUCACCUCCUGCGACCCACUAAGAAUCUUUGUAUACGAGGAGGGGCUGGCCCGCUUUGCCACCAUGAGAUACAUCGAGCCCAGCAGCAACAACCUGGAGGACAUCUGCAUGCACCUUACUAACUAUGCCAUCAACAAGCACAACGAGAACUUUGUGCGUGAUGACUACUCCGGGAGCAAGAGGAAGCUGUCCACUUUGAACACCUGGAUGCGGGAGCACAGCUAUGACACAUCCGAGCUGUGGAGGAACAUCGAGGACAUCGUAAUCAAAACCCUUGUUGCUGCCCAUCCGGUGCUGAAACAUAACUACCGCACCUGCUUCCCCAACCACAUCUCAGGCUGCGCCUGCUUCGAGAUCCUGGGCUUUGACAUCCUCCUGGACAGGAAGCUCAAACCUUGGCUCUUGGAGGUCAACCACUCCCCCAGUUUCACCACGGACUCCCGGCUGGACCGGGAAGUGAAGGAUGCCUUGCUCUGCGACACCCUCAACCUCAUCAACCUACGGGCUUGUGACAAGAGGAAGGUGCUGGAGGAAGACAAGAGGCGGGUGAAGGAGCGCCUGCUCCAGCCCCACCAGCCACCCCGGGAGGCCAGGCGGGAGCAGAUGGAGAGCAACCAGGCGGCCUGGCUGGCCCAGGCAGACAUGCACGAGAGGAGCCACCUGGGUGGGUACCGCCACAUCUUCCCCACUGGCAACACCGACAAGUAUGCACACUUCUUCAAUCACAGGGGGUCCCUGUUUCACGAGACGGUGGCCUCAAAGGCUAGAGAGGAGUGCGCCAGGCAACAGCUGGAAGAAAUCCGGCAGAAGAAAGAGCAGCAGCGGGAGAGUGCGGCCGGGAAGAAGCGGAAGGAGGGGAAGGAGAACCCGCAGGGAGAAUCCGCUGGGGAGAAAUACCAGGAGAAGAUCAAGGCCAAGGCCAAGACCUGGAACCCAAAGGUGUCCACCGUGCCUUACGACAGCAUGACCCCUCAGGCCAUUGUGGAGGAGGAGGAGGUGGAGCGGGUCAAGGCCCUCCUGAGACGGGAGAACCUCAUCCGAGGUCUGGGCGUCAUCAACCUGCUGACCCGGUUGCUGAGCCACAGUGAGCCCAGCCCCUUGGACAUCCAGAAGCCCCGCAUCAACUUCGCUGAAAGCCAGUCCCACUUCAUCCAGGAGGUGCUCAACAACCGCGAUUCCCAGAGUGCCAUGACGCUGGUCCCCGUCUCCUUCCUGGGGAGCACCGUCUCCCGCUUCAGACAUCAGGCCGUGCCGCCACCGCCCCCCGCCGCCCGCGUCCAGCUCCUGGGCAACCAAGGCUUUAUCCCCACCAUCUUGGGCACCCUGUCCGGUCUGGGGGCCCACCACGAUGGCAGCACCCUCUCGCUGCCCCCCAGGAACAUCAGCUGGCUGGGCAGCGGCAUGGUGGGGCAGCCCUGCACGCUGGCCCAGAUGCUGCGGGCCGGAGGGCGGCGCUUUGGCAGCGCCAUGAGCAAGGCAGAUGGCGGUGAGUAUACCGCGGUCAGCCCCCGGGUGCUGGAGCUGGCGCCCGCCAAAGGGAGCACCCUCGAGUGGGGCAGCGCCGCCAGGAGCAGGGCCGCUCGGUCGCAGAAGAGCACCUCCCGGAGCCACCCCUCUCCCCUCCCACACAGAGCCACAGCGCAGCCGCCGCCGCCGCCGCCUCUCCUGGGCUGGGCCCGGGCCCCCCACGCUGCCUCCGGUGUCGCCGCCUCGACCUCUGUUCCGGGAAGCCCUGCCUACAAGCGGCCCUUGUACUUGGGCUCCGGCUCCCUGAACUGCCUCUCCCACGGCGGAGGGAAAGCGCUCAAUGGCAGCGUUGGCAGCUUCUCCUUCCCUUCCUCCAUGCCUGCCCCCCUCAAACCCCACAAUCACCACCCGGAGCUGCUGCGAGGGCUGACCAUCAACUCUGCCUCAGCCCCGCUCCUGCGCCGCAGCAGCCCUCACCGCUCCAGCACGGUGGCCGCCUCCCAGCACCUCCACCUGCCCAGGUAGCGGCCCUCCAUGGAAAAAGGGGCCCCGUCCUCCUCACUGCAGGCCCCUUUCCCUCCUCCUGCGCAGGAAGGAGGCUUGACUGGAGUCCUAAGUGCCCUGGCGACUGGAGGAGCCCGAAGAGCGGGGCCUGCUGGGAGGGCACCGUGGCCAUGCCAAGAGGGGCCAAGGGGCAUUGGAGGCUGCCCUGCUGAGCUGCAGCCCUUGUGGCCCCGGACCCCGGAGGGAAGAGUGCACUCUGCCCAGUGGCCUCUUUCCGGCUGCGUCAGCCCCCGGGGCCCAUCUGCCUGCCGGCCACCCCGGCCCCCUCAGCACGCCGAGAAGGCUGCUCAACCGGACAGAGGGGGACUGCGGGCCGGGUAGGGACUUUUUUAUAGCCCACUUUCUAUUAAAGCUUUAUACAGUUA